AGCCACGAAACAAAAUUUAGUAUAGUACAAGUCAUUUUCUUUUAUCUCCUGAAAUAAGACUUUUUCGACUGUCUAUUGAACAAACACUUCUAGUACUAGAAUACAGCGUGCUAUAUUUCAUCAAUUCGCCGUCAUUAUCACUCCGAGCAACCAGCCCCGUAGUUGUAUCUUCCCCCCGGAAGAUCUAGAUCCUUCUAUACUUCUUUUAGACAAAUAGGCUUAAAAUGGCGACGCGAAAUUUUGAAGAAGAUCACGACAUGGUCGCGGAUGAAGACGACGACCGCGAUCUCAAUUUCAGCCUGAUGGCUCAGCCUCACCCAGAAUUGUCACGAAAGCCCCCCAGCGACGAGGAUUUUUUCCCCCAAACCGUGACUUGGGAAGAGGAAAUCGAGGGGAGAAUAACAGAGUUUGCGGUCACCGUGAUGCACAAAAAACUUCUCGUAGUUAUCACCCAGUGUGGGAAAAUCGGGAGCUGGAUCCAAGCGACAGUCGACGAAGAGCCCUGCAUAACCGACCCGGCCUUCAUUCCAGACACGACCUACGAGACCACGGUAAUUUUACAUGAGUCUUUCAUUUGUUUUCUUCAUGCUCAUCUUGUUUUUGUGACCAGAAUCUCUUCCAUCCCCAAGAAAAAUAUGACACUUCGUGCACCAUUGGGUUCUUCUGAAGGUGAUCAAAAGUCUGAGUAAGAAUUCUUGCGCUGGUGCAGCAGUAAGAACCUAUGAAUAUUUAUUUCUCUACUAUAUGCAGGUUUUGUUCGGAGCUCGAAACGAGAAGACGGAAUACCAGCGGGUAUACGCCAGACGGUUGAUGGAACUUUUGUAUAAAACACAGUCCGAUUACCAGAGUUUGUUGCUCGGAAUCGCCAUGAAGACCGCCAGUCCGGUCACGUUUAAGGCAUGUAUGAAGAGCAUUGAAAGCCGGUUCUGUCCGGAUACUGAUCCAAGUUAGUACUAUGUGAAAAAGUAGAAACUUUUUUUUCAUCCCCGUGGUCUGG